AUGCGACAGGCGAUGCAUGCCGCCGGACUAUUGCCACCUGAGGGUGAGAAGGAGGGUGGAGAUCAAUCGUUUGAUGAUGAGGCACAUAAUCGUUUUGUGCCAGGGCAGGAGGUCGUUAGAGUUGUCAUAUGUCGAGGGAGUUCAUUCAAAACCUUCAUGGACUGUAAGCCGCCUACCUUUGAGGGAGGCGAGAGUGUUGUGGCAUGCCUUCGUUGGAUUAGGAAGAUUGACCAAACCUUCCGAGUAGUGCGAACGUUUGAUAAGGAGGCACUGGAGUGGUGGGACACUAUUGAUACACGACUCACUGAGGUCACUCGGAGGUCUAUGACUUGGGAAAUUCUUAGUAAGAAGGUGAAAGAUCGUUUCUGCAGUGAAGGUAGCAUACAACAGGCCCAACGGGUGUUUUUGAAUCUUCAGAAAGGUAGUAUGACGAUUGCUAAGUAUAACACCACCUUUACUAAGAAAUCACAGUUCGCUACUGAUUAUUGCCCGACCGAAGAGAAAUUGAUUCGUCACUAUGUGGAGGGUUUACCAUUUGAGUACCGUGCAGUUGUGGGAUUGAAGACCACUUUAGUCGAGACUAUGGAUGAGACCCGCAAGAUAGAGAAUGAUAUAGCUAUUCGGGAUUGUACAAUAGCGAGGUCCGGGAAAAAAUGCAAGUGGGAGGGUCAAUUAGGGUCCUCUGAGAAGCAGAAAAUUCAGAAGAAUGGUGAAAAAACAACGUUUUGUAAGAAGUGUCACUCUACUCAUGGAGGUCCAUGUAAUAACAGUACCAAGAUAUAA